UUUCCGGCGCCUUCGGAAGAUGCCGAAGCCCACUCAGGGGGGCCCGAACCCCUUAUUUACGCGCUGGCUCCAGGAGUGGCGCGACCAGGCCGCCGAGCGCGGGCGCCUCAGGAGCCAACGCGCCUAUGAACGGGCGCUGAGCUCUCUCCGCAAAUACCCACUCCCUUUGCGCAGCGGGCGCGAGGCUCGGAUCCUUCAGUACUUUGGUGAGCACAUCUGCCGCCAGCUAGACGAGCAGCUGGAGAGACACUGCCAAGCCCAGGAUGGCACAGUAUUGACAGGUCUGCAUGCCACAGCUUCUUCUCAGAAGGAUCAAGCGGUCCAGCCUGCCCUCUGUGCCACAGAGCCAGAUCAAAACAAAGGACAGUGCUUAAAGAAGAAGCAACCAGUAUCACGCCAGCGUGGCCGGAGGUACUUCCCAGAUCCCCGUUCUGGAGCCUUUGCCAUUUUGGUGGCUCUGUACCAGGACAGUGUGAAUCCUCACUCCCGGGGUUUCCUGACAAAGCCGGAAUUACAGAGAGCAGCUCAGCCGCUGUGUGAGAAAUCUUUUUUUCUUGCUGAUCCUGGGAGUAAGAACACUGCCUGGUCUGCAAUCAGCACUCUGCUUCGCAAGGAGUUGGUCCUCAAGACCAAUAUCCCAGCCAGGUAUUCUCUGACAGACGCAGGGCUCACCUUAGCCCGGGAACUGGCAGCUUUGAAUGAGCCAAAGGAGAAGGACUCCAACUCACUGGCAGCUGAGGCAGCUGAUGCUGGAGACCCCUUGCUGCUUUUGGAGGGAGAUGAUGAAAGCGAGCAAUCUUCGGACAGGGAUGCCUCGCCCAGGUCAAGCUGCAGAGAGCCAGGGGCAGGGCUCUUAAAACCCCAGUUUUCUUUUCACCCUGGGAACUUUGAUGUUAUCCUCUGUGUGGAUUUCAUUGAGACCACGGGUGGCCCCAAGUCCCGGAAGCAAGAUUUGGUGAGUGAGCUCCAGCGCCACAAUGUUCCCUUCAGCAUCCGGAAGCUUCACAUCGGGGACUUCCUCUGGGUGGCCAGGGAGAGAGUCUUACCUGCAGCAGGACAGCUACAGCCACCUGCCGCUCGGGAGCUGGUGCUGGACUACGUAGUAGAACGGAAACGGAUGCCGGACCUGUGCAGCAGCAUCAUUGACGGCCGCUUUCGUGAGCAGAAGUUCCGUCUGCGGCAAUGUGGCAUUUCUCACCCCAUCUACCUGGUGGAAGAAUCGGGCUCCGCACAACACCUCAGCUUGCCCGAAAAGACUCUCCAGCAAGCGAUGACCAACACCCAGGUGGUGGAUGGCUUCUUCGUUAAACGCACUCGGGACCUACGGGAAUCCGCAGCGUAUUUGACCCUGAUGACGCGUCAGCUGACCAGACUGUACGAGGACAAAACCCUUCUGAGCUGUACCAAGGAGGAACUAGAGCAGGAGCGCCCUCUGCAGCCCAGCGCUGGCUCCUGCCGGCUUCUGACCUUUGCUGAGUUUAACGAAGGGGCCGUGAAGAACAAGGCCCAAACAGUGAGUGAGGUCUUUGCGCGGCAACUCAUGCAGAUCAGCGGCAUCAGUGGAGACAAGGCAGCUGCCAUCCUGGAGAGAUACAAAACACCAGCUAGCCUCCUGGCUGCUUACGCCUCUUGCCCAACGCCACAGUGCCAAGAGCAGCUGCUGAGCGAUGUCAAAUGCGGCAAACUGCAGAGGAACUUGGGCCCUGCCUUGAGCAAGACUUUGGCUCAGUUGUACUGCACAUCAGGACCUCUGCCUUGAAUCAGUGGGAGGCUGUGGGUGCGCCUGUGUGCCAACGAUUCACCAGCCAGCGUGGAAUACGCCUCCCCACUGCCAGCAGAGUUAGAGGAAGGCCUGUUGUGUGGUCACAGUUACCGUAUUUCAGCAGCCAGCAGCUGUGGGAAGCUGGCCCCAGAGACAGCCAGCACUGUUGCUCCUUGUAAAACACAGGUGCCAAGGAAAGGAUGGGUUUGUCCUAUUGCCUCAUCACAGGGGCAGGGAACCCGAGGCUUUCUGGGCCAGUGAGCUUUUUCAUUCAGCAACAUCUGGUGAGCUACAGGUUCACCACCCCUGCUCUAGCAUGAUGUGCCAGAUGUUUACUAGCCCAAAAUGCACUUCCUUGCCACAAACUUAUGAGGGGUCCAGGUUGACUCUGUCGUUUACACCACCCACAAGACUGUUUGAGGAAGAGCACCCGACUGGAUAUUUUGGGCCCCUUUUGGCUGCUAAAUUAGGGCCUGCCAAGUCUCAUCCUUCUUGGUUUUUUCUUCCUUUUUUAUUUUAAAAAAAUCUGUCGAUAUUCUAAUAAAAUUGUAACAUUUUGUUUUGCAAA